AUGUAUGUUUCGCGUCACCUGCGCAUCUCCCUCAUGUGUAAAUACGUACAUUCUGUCCACCCUUGUCAACAUAGGUACUCGGAAGAGUUGGCUAUGAUUCUUCUCCAUUGGCAUGGGUAUAACGUAUCUAAUGCGGUAGAUGAUCUACCCAAUUACGUACCGAUUUCAAGCAAGUGGACGAAGUCGGAAGUUCGAAAAUUCCUGAAGUGCAUUGAUUCCAAACCCCGGAAAGAUUUUGUCGAAGCGAAAAAAACA